GGUACCUUGAGGUAUUAUCUUCUUGUGGCUCAGCUGAUAGGAAUGUCAUCAGUUGCUCUUCUACAGCUUUUAAAUGUACCAAGAAAAUCAUGGCUACUUAUCAUAACAACAGUAAUCAUAGCUGUCACAGUUAAUGCUCAGUCAGAUGCCAGCAUUAUUAGGAUUUUCAGCAUUGUUAUUGUGUUUCAUGUUUUCCUGCUGUUUUUGCUGUGGGUUUUUCCAAAGAGUUUUAGUCUUGGAGAGGCCAUGCUAAUUACACAAGCUUCAUUGUUAUUAAUGAUUGAUUCAUGGACAAUGAUCACAAACAGGGUGAGAAGCAAAUCAAAAGAAAUCUCAGACUACACUUUUGAUAAAGUACACAUAUGGUUCUUGCUGAGUUUGCUCUGUUCACAGAAGAAGCCAGUGASCGCAGUUCAAGUGUAAACUGGCCUCAUAUAAACAUGUCUCUGUUUGUAUUAGAAAACRCUUUUUAUUUCAAGCAUAAUGGCUAUGAUAUUUUAGUGGCAACAUUCAAUAAUAUCUAGU